AUGGCAGCACUUCAAGCUUCAACUUUCUCAACGUCUUCAUGCUCUUCUACUUCAUCUUCUUCACGCCGUCGAGGCAGCGAGAUUAGAGCAACGCUCCAGGCCCCCAAACUCCGGCCAAGUAGACUCACACUCCCAAGGCUCCCCGCAAGAGACUUGGUAGAGGAAUUAAACAAGAGAAGCGGACACGACAACACAACCACAGCCACAACCCUAACAGUGGAAUCCAAGCCUACUGACACCAGUAGAGAUUUUGAUGUGCUAAAGUCCAAUUCAAAGGUGGUCGCCGAGUUGUACGCAAUCAUGGAAGCAUCCGCCGACAGAGCAGAGAUGCACACCAAUAUCGGAGAGCAGCGGAGUAACUGGAACCAUCUCCUCCUAACUUCCAUUAAUGCCAUAACCCUCACCGCCGCAACUAUGGUUGGCCUGGCAGCCACCACAUGUGGAACGGGAGCACCUCUUCUAGCACUUAAGCUCUCGUCCACCCUAUUAUAUUCGGCAGCCACGGGGAUGUUGGUGGUGAUGAAUAAGAUCCAGCCCUCCCAGCUCGCCGAAGAACAACGAAACGCUACGAGGCUGUUCAAACAGCUGGAAAGGGAAAUCCAAACAACCCUUGCAAACGGAACUCCGACGGAAAGAGAUGUGAAGGAUGCCAUGGACAAGGUCUUGGCCCUCGACAGGGCCUACCCUCUUCCCUUGCUUGGAGCAAUGCUUGACAAGUUCCCCGCGAGGGUUGAGCCCGCGGUGUGGUGGCCACAACAACCACCAAAGAAAGGACUUGGUGGCAGUAACAGAGAAAGGAAGGGAAGUAAUGGAUGGACUGCAAAGCUGGAGGAAAUGAGACAGAUAGGUGGGGUGUUGAAGAGGAAGGACACCGAAGAGUAUGUGAGGCUGAGCAAGUUGGCUUUGAAAGUUAACAAGGCACUAGCCAUUUCUGGGCCUCUGCUCACGGGCCUUGCCGCAGUGGGGUCUGCUUUUGUAGGAUCAGCUUCUCAGCAUCAAGGGUCAUGGGCAGUGUUUUUGGGAGUCACUGCGGGAGCUCUGGCUGCCAUAGUGAACACAAUGGAGCAUGGUGGGCAAGUAGGCAUGGUAUUUGAGAUGUACAGAAGUAACGCUGGUUUCUUUCGGCUCAUGGAGGAGUCCAUUGGGUCCACCUUAAAGGAAAGGGAGAUGGAGAAGAGAGAGAAUGGGGAGUUGUUUGAAAUGAAGUUGGCUCUACAACUGGGAAGGAGCUUGCCAGAGCUCAGGGAUCUCGCAGCUUCUUCUUCUUCUUCUUCCAAAAGCUAUGGAGAUACCACAGAAGAAUUUGCCAGCAAGCUCUUCUGA